AUGGCCAAGACUGGCAUUGGACUGAGAUCCUCUCUGGAUGAAGGGCAACUCAAUCAGGCAUGUCAACUGGGAUUCCUAUACCACCACGAUGAGGAGAGCAUUUACUCCCAAAACAGCACAAGUGCCCACUCUAAUUCGGACUUUUUUGUUUGGAAACCACUUAAAGAAGAACUAGACAAGACUUACAACCUUUGGAAAGAUGAUCCUUCCAAGGAAAAAAUUAAGAAGGCUAUGAUGUCAAAUAUGUUUCUUUCCAUCAGUAAGAAAGAUUUUGUGGACAGAAAACAAGAUAAGAAGAUUAAGGAAAACUGUCAGAUGGCUUUAAAUUGUAAAACAUUAGUUCCGCAGCCUGCACAUACUGAAUUCCAACAAAAUUAUAAAAUUCCUGCUAAAAUUCCUGAGUUUCAGAAUUCUAACUCUAAAUAUGGAUGCUCUUCAAGCCUGCCAGCAGCUCAGGGUAUAGUGCCUGCUGUGCCCUUCAGUCAACUAAGGAAUCGAAACCACCUAAAGACGCAGUCUACAUACCAAAGUGAUUAUGGAAAAUCUACCUAG